AUGUCGACGGAUCGUCCUCCAGGCAAGGAGCAGGCGUCGGCAUCCGCCUCGUCUCCCCGACAGGCGAGAUUCUCGAGCAAUCGAUCAAACUCGGUUUCCCAGCGUCCAACAACGAAGCCGAGUAUGAAGCGAUUAUUGCCGGACUUCCGUCUCGCCGAAGCAGUCGGAGCAGAACACGUUCGUGCGUUCUGCGACUCUCAGCUCGUCGCUAAACAAUUCAGCGGUGACUACGACACGAAAGACGAUCGCAUGGAUGCGUAUCUCAAACAGACGCAAAGACUUGCCAAAGCAUUCAAGACGUUCGAGUUGACAAAGAUCCCCCGUUCCGAGAAUUCCGAAGCCGACGCACUCGCAGCCUUGGCGUCAAAAACCGAAUCAGCACUGCGACGGGUCAUCCCGGUCGAAACCAUCGACGAACCAAGCAUCAAACUCCCCAAGGGAACCGUCGUCAUGGCAAUCUCGCAAGAAGAAGAAGAAGACGAAAACCUCACUGAUGACGAGUCAGCAGAACACAAAUCAUGGCAGGAUGAAAUCAGAAAUUACCUCAUCAACGACGCCGUGCCAGAGGAGAGAUGGGCGGCCCGCCGCCUCCGACGAAAAGCAGCUUACUACUUCUUACGCAACAACGAGCUUUUUCGCUGGAGCGCAAACAAAGUCAUCCUGCGAUGCUGCGACGAAGCACAAGCUAAGAGCAUCAUGGUCGAGACCCACGAGGGAGCAUCAGGAAACCACGCCGGCGGAAGAUCACUCGCUUUAAAAAUUAAGAAGAUCGGAUACUUCUGGCCAACGAUGAUCGGCGAUUGCAUAAACGUCGCCGCCAAAUGCGUCCCCUGCCAAAGAUACGCACCGGCGAUCAACGCCCCAACGCAAGCACUUCAAGCUGCGAUCCCGGCAUAUCCCUUUAUGCGCUGGGGAAUGGAUAUCGUCGGCCCCAUGCCACGCUCACGGCAAUGCGCUUACCUCUUGGUCGUCACCGACUACUUUACUAAGUGGGUAGAAGCAAAAGCGUACAAAAACCCAACGGCUCAUGACGUAAGAAACUUUGUGUGGCAGUAUAUCAUAUGCCGUCACGGUCUUCCUUAUGAGAUCGUCACGGACAACGGAGGACAAUUCGUCGCAGCAACUUUCCGAGAAUUUUGCGCAUCGUGGAACAUCAAGAUCACUUACUCCACGCCAAGAUAUCCUCAAGCUAAUGGACAAGCCGAGUCCACAAACAAAACUAUUGUUGAUGGAUUGAAAAAAAGGCUUGAAGGCUACCAAGGAGCUUGGGCGGACGAAUUGGAUGGAGUGCUCUGGUCGCAUCGAACCACCCCAGAACCGCAUCCGGGGAAACCCCAUUCUCUUUGUCGCACGGUUGCGAAGCACUAG